AUGGCCAGCCACACUCACAACCACAACGCUCCAUCCAACGAGCAGAUCAAGAAGGAUCUUAAAAAGGAUGCUGAGAACAUCCACAAGAAGGCAGCUGCUGAUGUUGAAGAUGCUAAGGAGCAAGGUAAAGCCAAAGCCGAAGACUUGAAGAAACAAGGUAAACAAACCGUUGACGAGUUGAAAGCCAGGGGCGAAUUUGACGCUGAAAACUUGAAGAAACUGGGCCAGGAAUUGUACGAGGCUGCUAGCGAAAGAGGUCAACAAAUCUACGAUGCUGCUGCUGAAAAGGGCCACGAAGCUUAUGAAGCUGCCAAGAAGGAUUUCGAUGAGUUUGAAAAAGAGGGCAAGACCUUCCUCUCCCAAUUGUGGGCUGAUAUACAAUCCUUUUCCAAGAGAGUUGGAACAGUUGUACAAAAGAAUGCUCAAGCAUUGCAAGAAACAUCUGGCCAGGCCUUAUCUAGAGCUGGUGUCGAAUUGCAAAACCCGGUGGUCAUUACCCAACUCUUUGUUACCGCUGGUGGUGCAGCUGCCGCUUACUUGGUCUACUUGGAAAGACACAGAAUCAAGUCGGACAACAACUAUGUCGUUGGUCUUCACGCCUCAAUCAUCACUGGUUUGGUCUUGUUGGACGGUUUCUUGUUUGAAAAAUACUAUCCAAAAUACGACAAGAAGUCAUCAAAGCCAACUGUCUAA